AUGACAGGCUCCUCUUGUUUGGCUAGGCUCGAAAGCGGCAGUGGCAGCCGUUCGACCGAUCGAUUCGGUCGACUUUUUUCUUCUUCCACGGAGUCUCUUCACGGAGCGACCAUGGCGCUACUACCAUUCGAAAGAGCGACCAUGACGGCACUACCGAUAUUGCAACAACAAGCGACGCCUCGACAAUGGCACUGGCAACAAGCUUCUUCCGUUCGACGGAUCAAUUCGGUUCGAUCCCAUGGAGAAAUCCAUGGCAGAAUGAUAACAAAAUUGGAUCCAAGCCUGAUUUUUCAUAGAGGCUCCAUAGGAAACCUUGGAGAUAGCAAAUCCUUUUUGAGGGGUGGCUCUGUGAGUGUGUUGGGGAGCCAGCUCUAG